AUCACCGCCUCUUUCAAUAUUCUGAGAGAGACGCCGUAACCUAAUUCUAGGGUUUCCAGAAAUUUUUGAUUUUGUGAUUCAAUCACAAGUAAUCAUUUGUAUCGUGCCAAAUCGAUUUGAAAUCUGAACCAAACUGUUGUAUUUUUUGCAAUUUGUUUUUGAUUUUUGGUAAAGAAAGGGAGGGAAGUCUCAGAUCUGAAAUCGAAAAGGGAUUUGUCUGUGUAUUGAGGAUGUCUCGGUGCUUCCCAUACCCACCACCUGGCUAUUCGCUGAAUAGAGCCAGCAAUGAAGCCUUGAUCGAAUCGAUUAAGCUCCAAAAGGAGAGGGAGGUAGCUAAAGCAGAAAAGAAGGACAGGAAGAGGGAAAAGAAGGAAAAGAAAAGAGAAGAGAAGAAGGCAAAAAAGGAGAAGAGUAAUCUUGGAUUUGACAAGGCCACUCAUGAGUCCAAAGGGAAGUACUUGUUUAAAUGUCUAGAAGAUGAAGCUGAGCAGUUGGAGAGGAGCAAUCUCACUGAGGAACAUGAGCCUGCUGUGUGUUCACAGAAUUCCAGCUGCUCAUCCGACAGCACCCAGAAUAGUAAUAAAAGGAAGAGGCCUGCCUCACCUUCACGUGGUGGCAUACAGGCGCAUGGUAGCAUUAUCAGAAUUAGAUUGUCUAAAAAGGGUAUGCAAGGUGAAAUAUCAGCUUCUUCCAAAGAGAAGCACUUGCCAAAACCUGCUCAACAAGUUGCGGAAGUUACUGUCAGGGCAUCUGCUGAAAGAGCCAACCCUUUGUUGAAAACUACAAACAAACGAAGUUGUCCUCCUCCUGUAGUAGUUUCAGAGCCUAGUACAUCCAAUUGUGGGUGGGUUGACCGUGUGGCUGUAGACAAUGCAACUCCAUCAUGUUCCAAAGUGCACGAGAACAGCAUAGAAUUUCAGUACAAGAAUUUGAUUGAGAACUGGCUUCCACCAAGUCUGCCAAGUGAUAAUCUAGAUUUGGACGAUGAUCAAUCAUGGCUGUUCCAAAGAAAACCUAAGCAAGCUCGAGUUGAGGAAAAAAAUGUAGGCAGCAGCAAUGACAAAACUUGUGGAAGCUGCUCUUCAUUGUGGCAGCCACGGGCACAAUACCUUCCUGAUGUUGACUUGUAUGCAUUGCCCUACACAGUUCCGUUUUGAACCACAUAACAACUGUGUAUAGAAAUUGUUUUUAGCUGGAUAUACUUCCCAGGGAAUUUUGUAGCUCUUCUCUGGAAAACUGAUGUAGUUUUAAACUGGAUUUAGGCGCGAUGACAAAAAUAUUCUUUUUAUUUUUUAGCUGCCAGUUGUUAUCUUCAGAAAUCCAUUGUUCUACAUCAAUCAAAAUGAUCAAUAUAGUAUAUUGGAUUUUUCCUUCUCAAA